AUGAAGGCGAUCUUAGUGCUGGUGUUAUACGUCCUAGGCGUAUGUUUGGCCAAUCCGGUGGAGAAGAAGGAGAAGAUAAGCGUCGUUGAGCAGCAGUCCGCGACGUUGAGUCCGACGGAUCGAGUUAAGUACGAGGAGGAGCUCCUUCGCAAACUGAAUUCGAAAUGCUCCCAAAACGACAUGAGCAGCUGCGUGAUGCUGAAGCUGGUGACGUAUAUGAACAAGUUGCUGAAGAAGGCGUCGAUCGAGCUGACGGACGACAUCGAGAUCCGAAAGACAAGUCAGACCUCAGAGGACGUGAUUACGUUCGAGGCUGGCAGGAGCAAGGAUGACGAGAUUCAGGUGCUCGAUCUCGUCGCGAAUAAGGUGUAUGCCUUCGUCAAGUCGAGGAGCGUCAAGUGGAGGAUCCUGCCCGAAGAUGACAUCGUCGUGUCCGCGUCCGAGGACGACACCGGCUCGUUGAACUUGGGCCUGUCCAUUGAGCGCGCUGACAAACCUGUUCAAGACGGCCGCGGCAAGAAAAACAACCAGCUGGGUCCGUUGAUCGCGGCCGCAGUCUUGAAGAUCGGCCUGAUCGGCGGCCUCGCGUUCAAGGCGCUCGCCUUGCUGGUCGGCAAGGCUCUCCUCCUGUCGAAGAUCGCCCUCCUCUUGGCCGGCAUCAUCGGCCUGAAGAAGCUCUUCUCGCAGCAGAAGCACGUCACAUACGAGGUGGUGGCGCAUCCUCACCACGGUGACCACGGCGGCCACGGCGGUGACAGCUACUCCAGCGGCUGGGCGAGGAAUUUCCACGGAUCAACGCCGAUCUCCGGGCAACCGGACGCCCAUGAGCUGGCUUAUUCGGCGCAUGUCAAGUGA